AUGGCGGACCCGGCGGAGUGCAACAUCAAAGUGAUGUGUCGCUUCAGACCUCUCAACGAGUCCGAAGUGAACCGCGGCGAUAAGUACAUCGCCAAGUUUCAGGGAGAAGACACGGUCAUGAUCGCGACCAAGCCUUAUGCAUUUGAUCGGGUAUUCCAGUCAAACACAUCGCAAGAACAAGUGUAUAAUGACUGUGCAAAGAAGAUUGUAAAAGAUGUACUUGAGGGAUACAACGGAACAAUAUUUGCAUAUGGACAGACAUCCUCUGGGAAGACACACACAAUGGAGGGAAAACUUCAUGAUCCAGAAGGCAUGGGAAUUAUACCAAGAAUAGUGCAAGAUAUUUUUAAUUAUAUUUAUUCCAUGGAUGAAAAUUUGGAAUUUCAUAUUAAGGUUUCAUAUUUUGAAAUUUAUUUGGAUAAGAUAAGGGACCUAUUAGAUGUUUCAAAGACCAACCUUUCAGUUCAUGAAGAUAAAAACCGAGUUCCUUAUGUAAAGGGUUGCACAGAGCGUUUUGUAUGUAGUCCAGAUGAAGUUAUGGAUACCAUAGAUGAAGGAAAAUCCAACAGACAUGUAGCAGUUACAAAUAUGAAUGAACAUAGCUCUAGAAGUCACAGUAUAUUUCUUAUUAAUGUAAAACAAGAGAACACGCAAACGGAGCAAAAGCUGAGUGGAAAACUUUAUCUGGUUGAUUUAGCAGGUAGUGAAAAGGUUAGUAAAACUGGAGCUGAAGGUGCUGUGCUAGAUGAAGCUAAGAACAUCAACAAGUCACUUUCUGCUCUUGGAAAUGUUAUUUCUGCCUUGGCCGAGGGUAGUACUUAUGUUCCAUAUCGAGAUAGUAAAAUGACAAGAAUCCUUCAAGAUUCAUUAGGUGGGAACUGUAGAACCACUAUUGUAAUUUGCUGCUCUCCAUCAUCAUACAAUGAAUCUGAAACAAAAUCGACACUCCUUUUUGGCCAAAGGGCCAAAACAAUUAAGAAUACAGUUUGUGUCAAUGUAGAGUUAACUGCAGAACAGUGGAAAAAGAAGUAUGAAAGAGAAAAAGAAAAAAAUAAGACCCUCCGUAACACCAUUCAGUGGCUUGAAAAUGAACUCAACCGAUGGCGAAAUGGAGAGACAGUACCUGUUGAUGAGCAGUUUGACAAAGAGAAAGCCAACUUGGAAGCUUUCACAGUGGAUAAAGAUAUUGUUAUUACCAAUGAUAAACCAGCAACCACAAUUGGAGUUACUGGAAACCUUACUGAUGCUGAAAGAAGAAAGUGUGAAGAAGAAAUUGCUAAAUUGUACAAACAACUUGAUGACAAGGAUGAGGAAAUUAAUCAGCAGAGCCAGUUGGUAGAGAAAUUGAAGACACAAAUGUUGGAUCAGGAAGAGCUUCUGGCAUCUACCAGAAGGGAUCAAGAUAAUAUGCAAGCUGAACUGAAUCGCCUUCAAGCAGAAAACGAUGCCUCUAAAGAAGAAGUAAAGGAAGUUUUACAAGCCUUAGAGGAACUUGCUGUCAAUUAUGAUCAGAAGUCUCAGGAAGUUGAAGACAAAACUAAAGAAUAUGAAUUGCUUAGUGAUGAACUGAAUCAGAAAUCAGCAACUUUAGCAAGUAUAGAUGCUGAGCUUCAGAAACUUAAGGAAAUGACUAACCACCAGAAAAAACGAGCAGCUGAGAUGAUGGCAUCUUUGCUAAAAGAUCUUGCAGAAAUAGGAAUUGCUGUAGGAAAUAAUGACGUAAAGCAGCCUGAGGGAACUGGCAUGAUAGAUGAAGAGUUCACUGUUGCAAGGCUCUACAUUAGCAAAAUGAAGUCAGAAGUAAAAACAAUGGUAAAACGCUGCAAACAGUUAGAAAGCACACAAACUGAGAGUAACCAAAAAAUGGAAGAAAAUGAAAAGGAGUUAGCAGCAUGCCAGCUUCGUAUCUCUCAACAUGAAGCCAAAAUUAAAUCAUUGACUGAAUACCUUCAAAAUGUGGAACAAAAGAAAAGACUACUGGAGGAAUCUGUUGAUUCCCUCAGUGAAGAACUAGUCCAGCUUCGAGCACAAGAGAAAAUGCAUGAAAUGGAAAAAGAGCACUUAAAUAAGGUUCAGACUGCAAAUGAAGUUAAGCAAGCUGUUGAACAGCAGAUCCAAAGCCACAGAGAAACUCAUCAGAAACAAAUUAGUAGUUUGAGAGAUGAAGUUGAGGCAAAAGAAAAACUUAUUACUGAUCUUCAAGACCAAAACCAGAAAAUGAUGUUAGAACAGGAACGCCUGAGAGUAGAACAUGAGAAGUUGAAAGCUACAGAUCAGGAAAAGAGCAGAAAACUACAUGAACUUACGAUUAUGCAAGAUAGACGAGAACAGGCAAGACAAGACUUAAAGGGUUUGGAAGAGACAGUGGCAAAAGAACUUCAGACUUUACACAACCUGCGGAAGCUCUUUGUUCAGGAUCUAGCCACCAGAGUUAAAAAGAGUGCAGAGAUCGAUUCUGAUGACACUGGAGGCAGUGCUGCUCAGAAGCAAAAAAUCUCUUUUCUUGAAAAUAAUCUUGAACAGCUCACUAAAGUCCAUAAACAGUUGGUACGUGAUAAUGCUGAUCUGCGCUGUGAACUUCCUAAGUUGGAAAAGCGACUGAGAGCCACAGCUGAGAGAGUGAAAGCUCUGGAGUCAGCACUGAAAGAAGCCAAAGAAAAUGCAUCUCGUGAUCGCAAACGCUAUCAGCAAGAAGUAGAUCGUAUAAAGGAAGCAGUCAGGUCAAAGAAUAUGGCCAGAAGAGGGCAUUCUGCACAAAUUGCUAAACCUAUUCGUCCUGGGCAACAUCCAGCAGCGUCUCCAACUCAUCCAAGUGCAAUUCGUGGAGGAGGUGCAUUUACUCAGAACAGCCAGCCCGUGGUGGUAGUACGAGGUGGAGGAGGCAAACAAGCAUAA